AACUGAGCCUAAACCCGUGCAAACCAAAUAUCAGGACCAUUUGCCCAAAAUGGUGGAAGCGUUAAGCUAACAAAUGAGAUUUAUUAUGUAAUACCCCGUUAUCGGUAUCAGGUAUGAUAAGGACCAUCAACAAAACAAAAGAAUUCUGGACAUCAGUUUAGAAAUGUAAGUUCUUCAAAGGUCAAGUCACUACAUCGUUGAUGAAGUCUCGGCAGCUCUUAAACCCAGCAGUAGAUUGACUGACUGACCUUGUGGAUGGCAUUCACCUCUCGCUACUUCAUCUAAAGAUCCGUUUCACGCUAAACUUCUUGACUCGCCAAAUAGAAUGCGGACUGUGUUGAUCACUGGGACCAGCCGCGGCAUCGGGCUGGAGUUUGUACGUCAGUUAGCUCUCCUUCAACCAGGCCCAGAGUUCAUCUUCGCUUCCUGCAGGGCACCGCAUCAUGCUAAGGAACUCCAAGCUAUUGCAGCUGCCCACAGAAAUGUCAAGAUCUUGGAGAUAGAUGUGCAAGAUGAAUCUACUUACGGGCCUGCGGUUGAAACCGUGUCAAACCUGGUAGGCGCUAUGGGUCUCAACGUCCUUAUAAACAACGCUGGAAUCGUCUUCAAUGAAAGCUACGAAACGGUCAGCAGAGAGGUACUCUUCAAGCUCAUGGACUCCAACUUCAUUAGUCCAUUGCGAUUGACGCAGGCCUUCCUCCCUUUGUUACGUCAGGGAGCGCUGAGUAGCCCAGUGGAUAGCUUCAGUGUAGAAAGAGGUGCAGUAAUCAAUAUGACAUCAGGUUUGUCUAGCAUAUCUGAAAACACUACAGAAGGACAUGCUGGACAUAGAGAGAGUAAGGCUGCCCUUAACAUGUUCACCAAAAGCCUUAGUCUACUACUGGAAGGAGAUAAGAUCCUAGUCGUAAGCCAGAACCCUGGGUACGUUAAGACUGACGGGGGAGGCCCCGGCGCCAAGAUCACUCCUCAGGAAUCCGUAACCGUCAUGCUGAAGAUAUUUUCUCUUCUUUCCGAGGAAUACACAGGGAGUUUCCUGGCACACAGAAUUCCAUUGCAAAAGUGUAAAUUUUGAACAUUCCAACAGUAUCUGUUAUUUUGUUUUCAUUUAUUUUUAGGCAAAGGGGUGUUAUCUGAUAUAAGACACUAAACUCGUGAGGAAUGAACACAAGUACGGCUCGUUCAGAAAUGGCGCGUUAACCCACCGCAACAAAAACCGCCGCAUGUUAUAGUACGUGCACAUGAAUGUCAACUGCGCACAACAAAGAUCCUUCAAGUUUCAACUGAGCUCUGUCAUUGUUUGUGUUGUAACAUACAGAAAUAGGAAGCAUACUAUUACACGUUACGUCAUAAAAACAGUUGACUGCUUCAAAGCUGAACGAGGUUUUAGGUCAGUGGUACAUGGGGCGUCAUUUACCUGACACAUCUGACGCGAUACUGCGUCAUCGAUUGGAGCUGCCCCAUUCGACACUCCAUAUGAAAGUGAUAUUGUCCCCAAAGUCAAUCAUGUGAUUAAAAUGCCGCCAUAACACUUAUACACAUAUCGCAUUGCUAAAAAAUUAAUAAAACACAAUAUAAAAAAUCACCUUAACAUCAAUUUCAAUACCCUAUUGUAUUUCUGUACCAUAGAAGUCAUGUUCAAACAUUGAAUUAGUUGACGCACAAGACAUUUGAUAUUGCUUGGACUUGAUUUUCGAAAGUAGUCGCUGCCGUUUUGUUUUUGUUUAGUUUGUUACCCCCCCCCCCCCCCCCCCCACACCGUCAUUAGCCUUUAUUUCAUUUCACUGUAAAUAUGUUGAAAAUACAUUGGUUAACCAGAAGUAUAAAGCAUUACCCUACCUU